AUGUGUCCAUCUGUUGACAAUGUUAAAACAAAGGGUUUACUUGGAAUAGGUGAGAACUCCUGGGCAUUCAUUCAUCAAGAGUGUGUGGUUAAGCUUCAAGAGUUUAUGUCUAAUUACGAGAGAAUAUAUUGUAUAGAAAAUUUUGUUCAACAACUUAUACACAGUGUAUAUGUUGAACAAGUUGCAAAUAUGGAUAAUUGGAUGACACUUCUAGAAAUGAGAUAUGUGAUUGCUAUGAAAUUUAACUUGGUUUUCAUCGCAAUAUCACUUAACCAAUCGGAAAUAUUUUUUCCACUUAAAAGUCCACCACCAACAUCUAUGUCAGAUCAUCGUAUGAUAUUUAUUGCAUUUGUUUAA